AUGGCCGAAAUGUCUUCCUCUUUGUUGUCUUCACCGUCUUCUCACGGAAACAGGAAGUUGCUUCUUUUUUGGGCUAUCGGCAUGAUGCUCGUCUCGGCUUUGGCGGGCGACCCUCCUCCCGUCUUUAUAUUUGGAGAUUCGACGGUUGACGUGGGGACCAACAAUUACAUACCUUCCAAGGCAAGAGCCAACUUCCGUUAUAACGGGAUUGAUUUCUUGAAGCAGUUGGGUUACAAGGAAAGUCCACCUCCUUUUCUGGCUCUUCUCCAAGACCCAUCAACCUUCCAAACCAAUCUACUUCAAGGUGUUAACUUCGCCUCAGGCGGCGCUGGAAUUCUUGAUGCAACUGGAAAUCAAACCUGGGGUGACGUGAUAACGAUGACGCAACAAGUGCAACAAUUUGCGACGGUCCAGGGCAACAUCACACAGCUACUCGGUAACAAAAGUGCUGAUUUCUUUGCCCACUCGCUCUUCUUCAUCAGCAUCGGAAGCAACGACAUCUUCGAUCAUCACCGGUACAACGAGACCACCAUGUCCCGGCUAGAGCUGAUGGCCACCCUUCAGUCUAAGUUCACAGACCAACUGACGGCUUUGUACAACUUGGGAGCUCGGAAAUUCGGCAUCGUGAGCGUCCCUCCGAUCGGGUGCUGCCCAUACGCACGGCUCCAGAACACAACGAAGAGCGAGUUGGGCUGUUUGACAGAGCUGAACGAUUAUGCUCAGGCCUUCUAUUCGAUGAUCUCGGAUUUAUUAAAAGAUCUGAGCUCACAGCUCCAAGGCAUGAAAUACUCGCUUGGAGAUGGAUAUAAAAUGACCUAUGACCUUAUAAGCGAUCCUGGUGUCUUUGGCAUUAAGAACGCUGAAGCAGCAUGCUGCGGAAAUGGGACAUUGAAUGCAGAGCAGCCAUGCGACAUCAAGUAUAGCCCCAACCCGUGCCCCAACCGCCUUGAAUACUUGUUCUGGGACUUUUUCCAUCCGACCCAGCGAGUGUCCCAACUAGCUGCCGUCACUCUGUUCACCGGAAAGCAGGAUUUCGUAUCGCCGAUGAACUUCAGCCAGUUGGCCCAGGCCAGCGCAUGA